CGUAAAUUCAACUCCGGGAAACUUUCUGACUUCAGCCCAGCCUUAAAUAUGAAAUUCUAUAUUCUAUAAUAGUUGUCAUAUUACUAUAAUUUAAUUUUAAUAGUUAUACACUACCGGAUAACCUCAAAUCAGUGUAUCGACAUUUUUCGUUCGUUUAAAAUGGUAUUCAUAAAUGUUUACAAACAUUUAUGCCGAUCAAAAAUAACUUAUCUUACUAGAAUAAUAAAAAAUAAAGGAAAUUGGUUGAAAAAUGUUCAGUCGUAUCAAGAACAGAAAUUAAUAAGAACUCCAAUAAAUAUUUAUUAUACUUCUAAAAGAUUUUUAAGUAGCGGAUUUAAAUUCGAUAUUAAUCCAGAUUCUUCAGAGGUUCAACUUCCACCUUUAACAGAUGAUAAACCAUUAAUUUUUCAAAACUUUUUUUCUCUGUUUUCAAAUCCUUAUUAUUUAUCGAUUUUGUCAACCUUUUAUGAUCGAGAAUUUAGUGCUGAAGAAUUUUUCGAAGGAUCUAAACAAGCAUUGGAAGUAGUAUCUAAAGCAAUAGCUGUUGAAGAUUUUAAUAGUUUAGAAGAGCUAGUUGCCGAUAAUGUUAUAUCUAAAAUAAGACAAAGUAUAACUAAACUUUCAGAAGCUCAAAAACAACUGAUUCCUGUUCUAAAGGAAGAUAUAUUGUACUUUAUUCCUGCUAAAAUUCGUAUAAAUAAACAAAAUAUACAAGAAAAAAAUGUAGUCUCUGCUGAGAUAACAAUGAUAUAUUACAGUUAUAGAAGAGAGCAAGACGGAAUUAAAAGAGUAGAAGUAACUAAUCCCAAAAGUGCAGAACAAAUUAUAAUCAGUAAUUGUCGUUUCAGACGAGAAUACACUGAUAAUAUCCCAUCAUCUUGGAUAAUUACUAUGUAUAAUCAAUUUACAAUAAUAGGAUUACAACCACCGAGUUCACAAUAAGAAGAUUUUAUUUUAUUAUCCGAAAUAACUUGGACAGAAUAAAUAAUAAUAUUAUUGAUAAAUAGUCUAUUUGCCUAUCUAUGUAUAUAUACAAAUAUAUAAAUUUAAGAUA